AUGCCCAUCUACGUCGCCACGAAGCCACACCAAACUUAUCCUAAUAUUGUGUCACCAGAUUCCGCCUCGGGCAGAUUCCGCUGCCUGUACUGCGCCAAGGAGUUUGGACGAGGAGACGUGUGCCGAAAGCACAUGCUCAAUUGCAUCGAAAAGGACGCCGACAGCGUGGUUCCCGAGCUUCGCCGCGGACGCAAACCAAAGGCGUGCGAGGCUUGCUUCGUCAGCAAAGUGUCUUGCGACAAAGGUCACCCCUGCAGCAGGUGUCUGCUUCGGCAUUUAUCCUGUCGUCCACGUAAUGUCGUCGUCGACGGUGCUCGCAGGUCCGCGUUACCAAAGACGCAGGUCUUGCCACGCUCCUCACAGUCCGCCGGCGGCUGCCGCGCCAGUGACAGCUCAGGGGGGUCCGACACCCACGCCGAGGAGAGCAUGUGUUGGAUCAAGAUCAAGAGCGCCGUCGAUCCACGCGCGGCCUCGAUGCUGGAGCACAUGUCCAACGAUCACAGCGCUAAGACAGAGCGUAUACCGGAUAUGAGCUUCCUCGGAUCGAGCGGCGGCCAGGAUCACAGCAACGCGCCACAGGCUUCCGUCGACACGCCAGAUCUGAUGGAGCUAUGGCCGUGGGACUACGCCUCCAUGCUCGAUGAUCCUCUGUUCAACUUUGACGGCGCCUAUGACAUUACCAUGCUCUCCCUCAACGGAGACCCCUUCACCCCCAUCCCCGACUUCAGCCCCUCUUCCGCCGAAGGCAUCGAGAACACAUCCCUCCUCCUCGUCAACGCGCUGCAGGAUAUGCACGUCGAGCUCUGCACUAGCGAUUCGACCUACCAGAAACCUUUCCACGUGCCCUCUGUCAGCGCUUCCCUCUCUGCAGCCAACCUCAAGCGCUUCGCCGCCGCCUUCUCCCGCCUCAGGGGCUUUGAGGCAACCUGA